GUGCAAAACAAAAUGUAACAAAUAUUAAAUAAUAUAGUUCAAAUCAAAUUGUCAAAAUAUUUAUAUAAAUAUAAAAAUCAAAAUUAAUUAGACACGAGGCAUCAUAUGAACACCAGACUAUAUACCAUUAUACCAUACCACUAAUUAUAAUCAACGAAGAAACGGUGACGUGUCAACUCACCAAAAUAGUUUUUCUUUUGUAAAAUCAAAUUAACAAGGACGACUUUUCUUUCUAUUUCCUCUUCUCUCCUUUCCUCUUUGGUUCUUCUAUCUUCUCAAUCUCUGAGUUUCCUUCUUCUCUGCAAAACCAUGCCUAACAAAGGUGGCUUCAGUCUCAGGCUUGAUGUUCCUCCUGAUGAAGUUUCUCUUGCCAAAUUCUUAACUCAAAGUGGUACAUUUCGACAUGGAGAUCUUUUGGUUAAUAUGGAUGGAAUUCGAAUCGUCUCUCAAAAUACUUCUGAUGCUCCUCCUCCCCCAAUCAAGCCAAUAGACAAUCAGAUUAGCUUGUCAGAUGUAGACACUAUUAAGGUCAUUGGAAAGGGUAGUGGUGGACUUGUGCAACUGGUGCAGCAUAAAUGGACUAACCAAUUCUUUGCUCUGAAGGUUAUUCAGAUGAACAUUGAAGAGUCUGCUCGCAAGCAGACUGCACAAGAAUUGAAAAUCAACCAGUCACUCGAAUGUCCCUAUGUUGUUGCUUGCUACCAGUGUUUUUACCAAAAUGAGGCUUUCUCGAUAAUUUUGGAGUAUAUGGAUGGUGGAUCUCUUUUGGAUUUGUUGGGAAAAGUUAAAACUAUCCCGGAAGAGUAUCUUGCUGCCAUCUGUAAACAGGUGGUAAAUGGUUUGUGUUAUCUUCAUCAUGAGAAGCACAUCAUUCACAGAGACUUGAAGCCAUCCAAUUUGUUGAUCAAUCAUAGAGGAGAAGUCAAGAUCACUGACUUUGGUGUUAGUGCAAUUGUUGCGAGUACUUCUGCCAAUGCUUACUCUAGUGUUGGAACAUAUUGCUAUAUGGCUCCAGAGAGAUUCAGUGAAGAAAACUAUAAUGCCAAAAGUGACAUCUGGAGUUUUGGAUUGGUUGUGCUUGAGUGCGCAACAGGUCAAUUUCCUUAUCCCGUACCAGGUAAAGACGAAGGUUGGUUUAACAUGUUUGCAAUUAUGCAAGCCAUUAUGGAUCAACCACCACCUAGUGCCUCCUCCGAAGAUUUUUCUCCUGAGUUCUGUUCAUUUAUAUCCUCUUGCUUACAGAAAGACCCAAAAGCUAGGCUCUCUGCUCAACAGCUAAUGGAACAUCCUUUCCUCAGCAUGUAUGAUGACUUGCAUAUUGAUCUAGCCUCAUACUUCAGCAAUGAUGGGUCUCCACUCACAACCUUGUAGAAUCUUUUCUGGUUCUGAUGACAACUCUUCUGUAGAAUGCGGACACAUAUUAAUAGGUGCAAUUUCCAUAUGAACUCUAUGAAAUUUGACGCAAUAUUUAUCAGUGCGAAGCAAUUACAAAUGUGAAAUUUUUGUCUUAAAAACUUUAGUGGUGCUCGAGAUGUUUGCUGGAUUGUCAAGGAUUUUAAUGCUAGAGAUUCUUGUGAGACGAGAAGAUGUAGUUUUGUUGUGCCGGAAAGCUUUUAUUGAUGCAGUUGAAACGUAGAAAUGAUCCGCUGUCCAACUGCACUCGUCAAUCUAAGUUAUGUAUUUCCUGAAGGCAUCAAUGUUGUUAUUGCUGAGCUAUAUUAAGGGUAUUCCCUAAAAGCUCAAGGCAUCAUCAAUGUUUAAAAUAAGGCUCUAUUUUAUUAAAUGAAAGAUUUUUCGUUGAUGGUUAUCACUCGCGUUUGAUUAUUGGUGAA